AUGACUGCUUUUAAGACUCCUAUAGGGAUGUCUCCAUAUAGGAUGGUUUUUGGUAAAGCUUGUCAUCUUCCGGUGGAGAUUGAACAUAAGGCAUUUUGGGCAGUAAAAGCUUGCAAUUUUGAUGCUAGCCUAGCAGGAGAAGAGAGGAAAUUGCAACUUCAAGAACUAGAGGAAAUUAGACUUGAAGCAUUUGAGAACUCACGGAUCUACAAAGAAAAGACCAAGAAUUUUCAUGAUAAGCACAUUGUAGGUAAGGAAUUUCAUAUUGGUGAUAAGGUGCUUUUGUAUAGGUCAUGGCUUAAAAUAAUGAAAGGUACGUUGAGAUCCCAUUGGAAAGGUCCAUUUGUUGUAACUAAUGUUUUUUCUUAUGGAGCUAUUGAGAUUAGGGAGGAGUCUAUCGGAAGAAUUUUCAAGGUGAAUGGGCAUCGACUUAAAAUUUUUCAUGAAGUUGACAAUGGAAAGGAGGUGGAUAGAAUGAGCCACAUCAGUGUUAUCUACCCAAUCAAAGGGGAGUUCGUUCCAACUUAG